AUGGGUACUGGGGGGCUGGGCUGGGGGCUGAGCCGUGGGGGCUCAAGCUACCACCCGGGAGAGACUAGUCCCAAAGUCACCAGCCACCAGCCACCCCCUCUCAACCAGGCAGAGGGCAGAGUGGGCAGCCAGGGGCCUGGGGCGGCCUGGCCUAGCCCAUCGGCCCACCACCCCUUCUCAGGCCGCCACCAGGCCAGCAUGCUGGGCACUGUGCUCCUGCUCCUGGCCCUGCUCCCGGGGACCACCACUUUGCCCAGCGAGCCAGCUGAGCCGAGCGCAGGUGAAUCCUCCACAACUGCAUCCGUCUUCCAAGGAAGGCAGGGGAGGCGGGGAGGUUGGCUGGGGGGACCAAGAGACAGCGCGUCCUCCCUGUCCUGUGGCCCUUUCUCCCCGCCAGAGCCCCCGUUCUCUGCGGCGCCCGGGCCCUGGCUGCGCCGACCCCUUUUCAAUCUGGAGCUGUCGGACGCGGAGGACGUCUUCCCGCGCCGUGCGGGGCCGCUCGAGGUCCCAGCGGACAGCCGCGUGUUUGUGCAGGCGGCCCUGGCCCGUCCCUCCCCACGCUGGGGCCUGGCCCUGCACCGCUGCUCCGUAACACCGUCCUCGCGCCCGGCCCUGGGCCCCGCCCUGGCGCUGCUGCGCGGGGGCUGCUCCGCCGACUCCUCGGUCACCUUCCCGCCACCGCGGCCGCUCCUCGGUGCCGCCGGUCCUGCGCGUUUCAGCUUCCGCCUGCGCCCUGUCUUCAACGCCUCUGUGCAGUUCCUGCACUGCCAAUUGAGUCGCUGCCGCCGCCGCCGCCUCCGCCAAGCCCGCUGGACGCCUGCGCCUUUGACGCUGCCUCCACUGUGGCCGUGUCUGCCUCAGGAUGAGGCGUGCGCAGGUGCCGGCAGUGGCAGCGAUGAGAGCCUGGGUGCUGACAGCCCCCACCUGCACACACUGACGCAGCCCAUCGUGGUGACCGUGCCACGGCUGCCCCCCAGGCUACCCAAGGGCUUCCCCGGCAGAGCUGUGCGCCCCGAGUCUCCCGCGCCGGCCCCGGAGGCCCUGGAGCCCGCGCCGGUGGUAGCGCUAGUGUUGGCCGCUUUCGUGCUGGGCGCCGCUGUGGCCGCCGGCCUCAGCCUCGUGUGCGCGCACUCAGUGCCCCAACUCCCCGGUCAGCCCCCGAGAGUCUCGCCCAGCAGCCCCCCGCCCAGGAGGCCCCAGUGAGGCAGAGAUGACGCGCCCCCAGCAAGGUCCGAAGACAAACCAGCCACGGCCUCGUAUCAGGCCCGCCUCGGGGGACUACGAUACUCGAUGAGACUACGAUCGCUGCGCCCCGCCCUCCUUGCUUCUCCCACCCUCCCACCUGGGCCCAAAAUAAACUUCUGGUCUGGA